AUGUCUACCUUUGACGUGACUGCGGUGCGCGCUCGCUUCCCUGCUUUGCAGCAAGAGCAGGUGUUUAUGGACAAUGCGGGAGGCAGCCAGGUCCUCGACACCGUGGCCGAUUCCAUUCGUUCGUACCUCCUGAGCACGAAUGUCCAGCUCGGAGCCACAUACAAGGCCUCGCAGGUCUCCACGGAUGCAUAUACCGAGGCAUACAAAGUCGCCGCGGGCUUCAUCAAUGCCACGCCGGACGAGAUCAGCAUCGGCGUCUCGACCACGCAGCUCCUGCACAAUCUCUCUACCGCCCUCACGUUCCAGGCGGGCGAUGAGUUGAUCCUGUCCAAGCUCAACCAUGAAGCCAACAUCGCUCCAUGGGUGCGGAUCGCUGAACGGAUGGGUCUAACGGUGAAAUGGUGGUCUGCCUCUGACCCCAAAAAUCCGACCUGUGAUCCCGCGGACCUCCAGACCUUGCUCUCGGACCGGACCAGGCUGGUGGCCUGUCCUCACGUCUCGAACAUCACGGGGACGAUCAGUCCGAUCCGUGAGAUUGCGGAUGCCGUGCACGCCUAUCCUCGCGCGCUGCUGUGUGUGGACGGGGUUGCUCUCGCGCCGCACCGGCAGGUGGAUGUGCGCGCGCUGGGGGCGGACUUUUACGCCUUCUCGUGGUAUAAAGUCUACGGCCCGCAUCUCGCGCAACUGUAUGCCUCGUCGCGCAUCCACGAGCAGAUCCAGUCGCUCGCACACUUUUUCAAGCCCACCGACACGCUCGACCAGAAACUGAACCUGUCGUCGGCGAACUACGAGCUGACGCAGAGCAUCCCCCAUGUCGUGGCGUUCUUCGGCCCCCAGCCUGGGCCGACCUGGGCGCAGAUUGCGGCCCACGAAGAACGCUUGCAGGGGAUCCUACUGGCCUUCCUGACGUCCGACCCGCGCAUCACGGUGAUUGGGGAGCCGUCGCCGUCGCAGGCGCUGCGGGUGCCCGUCAUCAGCUUCACGGUGCGCGGCCUCGGCAGCCAGCAGCUGGUGGAGGCCGUGGAGGCGCGAUCGGCGUUUGGGUUCCGCAGUGGGCAUAUGUAUAGCCACCGGCUGCUGGCGGAGGUGUGUGGGCUGGCGGAUGUGGAUGACGGGGUGGUGCGGUUGAGCUUUGUGCACUACAACAGUGAGGCGGAGGUGCAGGGGGUGGUCGCGGUGCUGCGGGAGGUGCUCUCCACGGUAUAG